AUGAAGCUCUCCACCAUCUUCGCUCCUCUUGCUCUCCUCCCCGUCAUCUACGCCGUCAAUGUCAGCUACGACACGGUUUACGACAACGCCGGCCAGUCACUCGCCACCGUCGCGUGCUCCGACGGUACCAACGGCCUCCUCACGAAGGGAUUCACGACGUUCGGCUCCCUGCCCAGCUUCCCCCGCAUCGGUGGUGCCCCCGCCGUGACGGGAUGGAACUCGCCUGCCUGUGGCACCUGCUGGCGCUUGACCUACAACGGAAGGAGCAUCAACGUCCUUGCUAUUGAUGUUGCUCGUGGCGAUUUCAACAUCGGCCUGAACGCCAUGAAUCAGUUGACGAACGGCCAGGCGGUAGCACUUGGGAGAGUUCCCGUCGACGUUGCUCAGAUUGCCAACUCAGGUUGCGGACUCAGAUAA